CAGGGACUUGCCAGUGCCCAGUGAUGUGCACACGUAGGGCAGCAGGUGAGAGCGGGGCUGACAGGUGGCUGCUGCAGCCAGUCUGGACACGUCUGACGUCAGCAGGAAGGGGGAUUGUGUUCCCAUAGAUAAGAGCCCUGAGUGCCCAGUGUUGUCCUUCACGUAUUGUACCAUCCGCAGAGGCUCGGAAACAAGACUGCGGACUUUGUUUUUAAUGUUUUAGAUCUCUGGCACAAUGUCUUCAAAUCAACUGCCCUUAACCGUCGCUUCUCAAGUACCUUUCGCAGAUCUCUGUAAUACUUUAGAAAGAAUUCAAAAAUGCAAGAACAGAACAGAGAAAACAAAGAUUUUAAAGCAGUUUAUUGACUCUUGGAGAAAAUUCCAUGAUGCCCUUCACAAGAGCGAACCUACCACUACAGACUCUUUUUAUCCAGCUAUGAGACUUAUUAUACCACAGUUAGAAAGAGAGCGGAUGGCCUAUGGAAUUAAGGAGACUUUGCUGGCCAAACUGUAUAUCAAAGUGCUUGGGUUGUCUAAAGAUGGCAAAGACGCUCUUAAACUUUUAAAUUAUAGAACUCCUACCGGCUCCAAUUCAGAUGCAGGCGACUUUGCUGCAAUUGCUUACUUCGUGCUUAAGUCACGUUGCCGAAAGGAAGGAACCUUGUUCAUAAAAGAUGUCAAUGAUCAAUUAGAUUCAAUAGCAAGCAACAAUGCAGGCAAGAAGAAGGAACUUAUAGAGAAAAGUCUGCUGCAUUUGAUUGCAAACUCCACUGCCCUGGAACAGAAGUGGCUUAUUAGGAUGAUUAUUAAGGACAUGAAGCUUGGGUUCAGCCAGCAAACAGUCUUUUCCAUCUUUCACCCAGAUGCUGCAGAACUGCACAAUGUCACCACCGAUUUAGAAAAAGUGUGUCUACAGCUACAUGACCCGAAUGUGUGCCUUAGCGAUGUCUCUAUUUCAAUGUUUUCUGCCUUUAAACCAAUGCUUGCUGCCAUUGCGGACAUACAGCACAUAGAAAAACAAAUGAACCACCAGAGUUUUUAUAUUGAGACAAAGCUUGAUGGUGAGAGGAUGCAGAUGCACAAGGAUGGAGAUGUCUAUAAAUACUUUUCUCGGAAUGGGUUUGAUUACACUCGGCAGUUUGGUGGUUCUCCCCUUGAAGGCUCCUUGACACCAUAUAUUCAUAAUGUCUUUCGUAUGGAUGUGCAAAACUGCAUACUUGACGGUGAGAUGAUGGCCUACAAUCCUAACACUCAGACUUUCAUGCAGAAAGGUAACAAGUUUGACAUCAAAAGGAUGGUGGAUGAUUCAGACCUUCAGACUUGUUUCUGCGUGUUUGACAUCUUGAUGUUUAAUGGCCAAAAGUUGGCCCAUGAAACACUUAGAAAAAGGUAUGAUAUCCUUUGUGAUAUCUUUACCCCAGUUCCAGGAAGGAUUCACAUAGUUGGCAAAACUGAGGCCAGUACCAAAAAGAAUGUUGUUGACGCGCUGAAUGAGGCAAUUGAUAACCGCGAGGAAGGAAUUAUGGUAAAAGACCCUAUGUCCAUUUAUAAGCCAGAUAAGCGUGGAGAAGGUUGGUUAAAGAUCAAACCUGAGUAUGUUAAUGGACUCAUGGAUGAAUUAGAUCUCUUGAUUAUUGGUGGAUAUUGGGGCAAGGGUCUACGUGGUGGUAUGAUGUCUCAUUUUUUGUGUGCAGUUGCUGAAAAACCAUUUCCGGGAGAGAAGCCGUCUGUUUUUCAUUCACUUUGUCGAGUUGGCUCUGGCUAUACAAUGAAAGAAUUAUACGACCUAGGUUUAAAGUUGGCUCCACACUGGAAGCCUUAUCGAAAAAGAGAUCCACCUACAAAUCUUUUGUGUGGGACUGAAAAACCAGAAGUAUUUCUUGAGCCUUGUAAUUCUGUUAUUAUUCAAGUGAAGGCAGCAGAGAUUGUUCACAGUGAUAUGUACAAAACAAAUUGUACUCUCCGGUUUCCCCGAAUUGAGAAGAUCAGAGAGGACAAGGAAUGGUAUGACUGCAUGACACUUGAUGACUUGGAACAAUUUAGAGAAAAGGCUUCUGGGAAAUUGGCAUCAAAACACUUGGAUGUUAGUGAAGAGCCACGAGAAAAGAAACGAAAAACUGUCCCUAAGAUUAGGAAAGUAAUCGGUGUGGUUUCUCAUUUGAAAGCACCCGAUCUUACCAACAUCUCAAAGCAGUCAAAUAUGUUUGAAGAAGUUGAGUUCUGUGUGAUGAGCGGGACAGAUGAGCAUUCAAAAGCCAGUCUAGAGAGCAUGAUAGCUGCUUGUGGUGGCUUAGUGGUGCAGAAUCCUGGAGAAGACACUUAUUGUGUUAUUGUAGGAACUACAAAUGUCAGAGUGAAAAAUAUUAUCUCGUCUAAUAAGCACGAUGUCGUUAGAGCCGCUUGGCUUCUUGAGUGCUUUGAAAAGAAAACCUUUGUACCUUGGCAACCUAAACAUAUGAUUCAUAUGUGUCUGUCCACCAAGGAACAUUUUGCUUGUGAAUAUGACUGCCAUGGUGACAGUUAUGUGACAGAUACUAAUGAGUCUGAGUUGAAGGACCUGUUUACCGGAAUGCCUGACCCCAAGGACAAAAUCCCACUGGACAUGAUUGCUGACCUUGAGCAACGCUAUUCAUGGGAAAAUUCUUUUACCAGUCUGUUCCGUCAAUGUAUUGUAUAUCUAGAUACAUAUGCAACUAUUAAUGACCCACUCGCUAAAAUUGAAAAUUCUGCUUUGAGUAUAACAGCAUUGGAGCUACGCUAUAAUGGAGCAAAAGUAGUCAGCCAUCUUGAAGAAGGCGUGUCACAUGUUGUGGUAGGGGAUGACUUGUCUCGUUUGCCAGAAAUUAAAAGUCUGAGAAGGACACUGACCAGAAAAUUUAAGAUUGUUCGAGUCCUGUGGGUAGCUGAUUCUCUGAAGACGGGAAUGCUUCAGAUGGAGCAGGAUUAUUUAUUGUAAAAUCAGAUUUUUUUUAAUUUAUUUUUUUAUGAAUUUUAAUCUAACUUUUUAUGUACAUUGUUCACAUAUUUAAAUGUUUCUGAUUUUAUUGAUGUCUCUAUUUUUAUGUGGAUGAAGGUUAUUGAUCAAUUUUGAAGUUAUUUGUUUAAAAGGUAAAAUAUAUUUUAAAUAUAUAAAGCCGGUUUGUAAUAUACAUUUGAUGACUGUCGCUCCCCGCAGUAAAAUUUCACACAGAUCACUCCCAUUGCAAUAGAUUCAGAAGCCUAUGAGAUCCCACUUAAUGUGCCUCACUUCAGUAAAGAACUUGGCUAUUAUUGCAGUCAUGCAGUGGUGGGGGCCCAGUGGGAAUCAUUGAGCGGAGGGGCAGUCCUCGUAUCAAGUAUAUUGCCAGUCGGCUUCUGUUAGUAAGAAACUUUUAUGUGAGAGGACAAUAUAGACAUGUUGAAGGGGUUGUUCCACAAUCAACAUUUAUCACCUAUCUGUAAAUGUUUUAUUGCUGGGACCCUCACUGAUAACUAGAUAUUGUCUGCACAAUACAAAAAGAUUCCACAGCACUCUCCAAAUUAAUGCUAAUUGAAUCAAUUGGCACCUUACCUAUCCAUGGCAGAGUGUGGGGCAUUUCUCUCUUGGAUAGAUCAUGACCGCAGCGAUGAGGAGUGUGAAUGAAGCAUCAGUUGAACAUGCUCCUUACCACUCCAUUCAAUGGCUGUCGUUUAUUCAAACUGCAUUAAUUUGGUGUGUUGUGGA